AUGAAGUCAUCUCCUCCUACCGCUGGUGUCGACCGAAAGCGCAAGCGUGCAAGCCGGCAGGAUUCCAACGACCCUGCAAAGCAGCAAACCCUCCAGUCCCUCUUCGCCGGGCAACAGAAGCCACACGUUAACACUACCGCCACCUCUCCCAACAGUAAACGAGCACGACCGGACGUUUGUGAGACUACCACUCCACCGAGAAGCAAAGGCCUUGCCACCAGCGACAUGUAUACCUUCGCAUCUCGCUCGCCAAUGUCCAACGGCAAUGGCGUCAUUGAUCUCACCAACGGCACCCCUCAGACGUCCCCUCAAGCAAAGCGUGUCAACGGCGCCAUGAAGGCUCGUCCGGGGAUCAACUCGCAUACGGGAGCGAAGAAGCUGGUUGUCAAGAACCUGAAGACGAACACACAGUGGGACAGCAAGGCAUAUCUGGAGAAGAUAUGGGGACAGCUGGAUCAGGCGUUGACAAUCAUCUUCAACGACGGAUAUGACGGGUUCAGCAAGGAAGACUUGUAUCGGGGUGUAGAGAACGUCUGUCGGCAGGGAGGGGCGUCGACACUGUUCUCGAGGCUGGAGAAGAGAUGCAAGGAUCAUGUGGAGCGAGAUAUGAGGGCUCCACUCUCGCAGCAGGCGGGCAACGACAACGUGACAAUCCUACAAGGAGUGCUGGGCGAAUGGGCACGAUGGAAAGAGCAGAUGAUCACCGUCCGAGCAAUAUUCUUCUUCCUGGACCGGUCAUACUUGCUGCCAUCCAGCAAACCGACCUUGUCCGAGUUCACACCGCAGCUGUUUCGCGAUGUCGUUUUCCACGAUCGACAGUUGAAAGAGCCCAUCAUCGAAGGAGCAUGCGAUCUCGUCACGGCAGACCGCACACAGUCCACUGGAUUCAAUGAAGAAUUGUUCAAGCAGGCUGUCGACAUGUUCCACGAGCUUUCGACAUACACGGCGACGUUUGAACCGCGAUUCCUUGCUCAAACGCAGGAGUAUAUCGCUACGUCCUCUGACCAGAUCAUUGAGGAGAAGCCUGUACCGGAGUACGUGGCUGUCGCCGAUCGAACGAUAGCUCGAGAGAUGGCCCGCUGCGAGAACUUUGCAUUGAACGCAAGCACUCGACGAGACCUUCUUGCACUUCUGGAGGAUCACCUCAUCGAAAGCAAGCAGACCGACUUGACCGAAUACGAAGCUUUGGCGUCGAUGCUAGACAACAGCGCUAGCGGCGACAUCAAAGCUCUAUACGCACUGCUUGCACGGCGACGGCUGGGCGCAGAGCUCAGACAUGCCUUUGCACGGUGGGUCGAGGAGACAGGAACGAGCAUCAUUUUCGCCGACAACUCCGACGACAUGAUUGUGCAACUGCUCUCUCUGAAGCGAAGAAUGGAUUUCACGUGGCAGACGUGCUUUGAGCGGGACGAGCAGAUCGGUCAUGCUCUCCGAGAAAGCUUCGCCGUGUUCAUGAACAAGACGAAGAAGUCCGAAUCUACCUGGGGUACUGACAAUCAGAAGGUCGGUGAGAUGAUUGCGAAAUACGUGGACCAGCUGCUCCGUGGUGGUGUGAAAGCGAUACCGGACGUCUUGACCGCGAGACGGGCGUCCAGCAUCACUGGCCCUCGCCCGGUCCUUACCUCCAAUGGCCAACCUGCUGAGGAGGACAACGAAGAUGCCGAGGUCGACGAGGACGAAGAAGUCAACAUUCAGCUUGACCAGGUCCUCGAUCUCUUCCGUUUCGUGCAGGGCAAGGCGGUCUUCGAGGGUUUCUACAAGAGGGAUCUGGCUCGCCGUCUGCUCAUGGGGCGAUCGGCGUCGGCAGAUGCAGAGCGGUCGAUGCUGGCGCGACUGAAGACUGAGUGUGGGUCGGGCUUUACCCAGAAUCUGGAGCAGAUGUUCAAGGACAUUGACCUUGCGCGCGAAGAGAUGCAGUCUUACAAGCAGCGUCUCGAGGAUCGGAUUGGAUAUGAGAAGGGCAAGCACAUCGAUCUCAAUGUCAACGUCCUGUCUGCCGCUGCCUGGCCAACAUACGACGACAUCCCUUGUGCGGUACCGCCGAACAUCAAGCGUGCAAUCGACGACUUCGAGCUCCAUUACAAGUCCAAGCACUCUGGCCGCAAGCUGGACUGGAAGCCAGCUCUGGCACAAUGUCAGAUGCGCGCGACUUUCAGCAAGGGCAGCAAAGAACUCGUCGUGUCCAGCUUCCAGGCGAUCGUCCUCGUGCUGUUCAACGGUCUUUCCUACGAUGAGCACCUCAAGUACGAGUACAUCUUGACUCAAACCGGACUACCCGAAAAAGAAGUCAAACGCACCCUCCAAUCCCUCGCCUGCGCCAAACUCCGCCCCCUCACUAAACACCCCAAAGGCCGCGACAUCAACCCCACGGACACUUUCACCGUGAACCCCAACUUCGAGCACCCCAAGUACCGCGUCAAAAUCAACCAGGUCCAGCUUAAAGAGACCAAAGAAGAGAACAAAGAAACGCACAUCCGGGUCGCCGAGGACCGGAAUUUCGAGACGCAGGCUGCGAUAGUCAGGAUUAUGAAGUCAAGGAAGACGAUUUCGCACCAGGAGUUGGUGGCGGAGGUGAUUAAAGCGACGAUGAGUCGGGGCGUGUUGGGCGUGGCGGAUAUUAAGAAGAAUAUUGAUCGGUUGGUGGAUAAGGAUUACAUGGAGAGGGAGGAUGGAGGGAUGUAUUCGUAUAUUGCGUAG